CGGCCCCUCCGGCCCCUCGGUCCCCUGGCCGCGGCCGGGGCUGUGAGUAGGGCCCGCACAGACAUGAGGCAUCUAUUAACAAGCUAAAAGUGACAGAACCAUGGCUCAGUUUCCAACACCUUUUGGGGGCAACCUGGAUAUCUGGGCUAUUACUGUGGAGGAGAGAGCAAAACAUGAUCAACAGUUCCAUAGUCUGAAACCAACUGCUGGAUUUAUCACUGGUGACCAAGCCAGGAACUUUUUUUUCCAAUCUGGGUUACCUCAGCCAGUGCUAGCACAGAUAUGGGCUCUAGCUGACAUGAACAAUGAUGGCAGGAUGGAUCCCUUGGAGUUUUCCAUAGCCAUGAAACUCAUCAAGCUGAAGCUCCAGGGUUACCAGCUCCCAGCCACGCUGCCGCCUGUCAUGAAGCAGCCGCCCCUCGCCCUGCCUGCUGCCCCAGGAUUUGGUCUCGGGGGCAUUGCCAACAUGCCAUCCCUCAGCAGUGUGCCCAUGGCAUCCAUCCCAGUCGUGGGGAUGUCCCCACCUCUGGUGUCCUCUGUCCCUGCCGCCGUCCCUCCCCUGGCUAACGGAGCUCCUGCUGUCAUCCAGCCCCUGCCUGCUUUCGCUCACCCCGCCACUUUGCCAAAGAGUUCUUCCUUCAACCGCUCGGGGCCCGGAGCUCAGCUCAAUGCAAAGCUGCAAAAGGCACAAUCCUUCGACGUGGCCAGCUCUCCUGCUGUGGCAGAGUGGGCUGUGCCUCAAUCCUCACGCCUCAAGUACCGGCAGCUCUUCAACAGCCACGACAAAACCAUGAGUGGACACUUGACAGGUCCCCAAGCAAGAACGAUUCUCAUGCAGUCGAGUUUACCCCAGGCUCAGCUGGCUACAAUAUGGAAUCUCUCUGACAUUGAUCAAGAUGGGAAGCUGACAGCUGAGGAGUUUAUCCUGGCUAUGCACCUCAUUGAUGUAGCAAUGUCUGGUCAGCCCCUGCCACCUGCACUUCCCCCAGAGUUCAUCCCACCUUCCUUCAGAAGGGUCCGUUCUGGCAGUGGCAUCUCUGCUGCCAGUUCAGUGUCUGUAGACCAAAGGUUACCAGAAGAACCUGCAUUGGAAGAAGAACAGCAGCAACUGGAAAAGAAAUUACCAGGUGAGCAAGGGCAAACAGGGAUGUUUAGUGUGCUGUUCCCAGAGGGGUUUUCCCAGCAGGACACAGCCUGGGAGCAGAGCAGGAAUACGGUGCUGGGAUUGCAGAUGUUUGUUUGUGAAUGCCAGGCUGCCAAGAGGGAGCUGGAGAGGCAGAGGCAGCUGGAGUGGGAGCGGAACCGGCGGCAGGAGCUGCUCAACCAGAGGAACAAGGAGCAGGAGGACAUCGUGGUGCUCAAGGCAAAGAAGAAAACGCUGGAAUUCGAGCUGGAAGCUCUUAAUGAUAAAAGAAACCAGUUGGAGGGGAAGCUUCAGGAUAUCAGGUGUCGGCUGUCGACCCAAAGACAAGAAAUUGAAAGUACAAAUAAAUCCAGAGAACUCAGAAUUGCAGAAAUCACCCAUUUGCAGCAGCAGCUACAGGAGUCCCAGCAGCUGCUGGGCAGGCUGAUCCCAGAGAAGCAGCUGCUCAAUGAUCAGCUCAAGCAAGUGCAGCAGAACAGUUUGCACAGGGAUUCCCUUCUCACCAUCAAAAGAGCUGUGGAAGCCAAGGAACUGGCACGGCAGCAGCUCCGGGAGCAGUUGGAUGAGGUGGAGAAAGAAACCAGAUCUAAACUGCAGGAAAUUGAUAUUUUCAAUAAUCAGCUGAAGGAGCUGAGAGAAAUCCAUAACAAACAGCAGCUCCAGAAGCAGAAGAGUUUGGAAGCUGAGAAGUUGAAACAGAAGGAACAGGAAAGGAAAACAGUGGAGCUGGAAAAGCAAAAAGAAGCUCAGAGGAGGGUCCAGGACAAAGCACGGCUGGAACGGGCACAGCCAGAGGAGGAACCACAGUGGCAAAAAAAACCCCAGGAAGAUGACAAGCAAAAAAGGGAAGAGUUACCCAAGAAGAAGGAAAGUGAGGAUAAGGGGAAGCAGGAGAUGCAGGAGAAGCUGAACAAACUCUUCCAGCCCCACCAGGAGCCCAGCAAGCCUGGCCAGGCUCCAUGGUCCAAUGCAGAGAAAGCUCCUCUAACCAUUUCUGCUCAGGAGGAUGUAAAAAUAGUGUAUUACAGAGCUCUGUAUCCUUUUGAAUCCAGAAGCCACGACGAGAUCACCAUCCAGCCUGGAGACAUUGUCAUGGUGGAUGAAAGCCAGACUGGAGAGCCAGGGUGGCUUGGUGGAGAACUGAAGGGGAAAACUGGAUGGUUCCCUGCAAACUAUGCCGAGAGAAUUCCAGACAGUGAAGUUCCAGCCUCUGCCAAGGCCGUGGCUGAGCCCUGUGCUGCUCCCAAGGUGUCUGUGCAGGAAAGCUCCACUGCCCUGGGGGCUGCUGCCCCUCCAGAGGCUCCUGCAGCAGCCAACAACUGGGCAGACUUCAGCUCCACCUGGCCAUCCAACAGCAGUGAGAAGGCAGAGAGUGAUAACUGGGAUGCCUGGGCAGCUCAGCCCUCCCUGACCGUGCCCAGCGCGGGGCAGCUCCGGCAGCGCUCGGCUUUCACCCCUGCCACUGUCACAGGCUCCUCCCCGUCCCCUGUGCUGGGCCAGGGUGAGAAGGUGGAGGGGCUCCAAGCCCAGGCUCUGUAUCCUUGGAGAGCAAAGAAGGACAAUCACCUGAACUUCAACAAGAACGAUGUGAUCACGGUGCUGGAGCAGCAGGACAUGUGGUGGUUUGGGGAGGUGCAGGGCCAGAAGGGCUGGUUCCCCAAAUCUUAUGUGAAGCUCAUUUCAGGCCCCAUCAGGAAAUCCACGAGCAUGGAUUCUGGUUCCUCAGAAAGCCCUGCUAGUCUGAAAAGAGUGGCAUCCCCAGCAGCCAAGGCAGCGUUGUCAGGGGAAGAGUACAUUGCCAUGUACACCUACGAGAGCUCGGAGCAGGGGGACCUGACUUUCCAACAAGGUGACCUGAUCCUGGUGACAAAGAAAGAUGGUGACUGGUGGACGGGAACGCUGGGUGAUAAAUCAGGAGUUUUCCCAUCUAAUUAUGUGAGACUCAAAGAUUCUGAGGCUCCAGGAGCAGCUGGGAAAACAGGAAGCUUAGGGAAGAAACCUGAAAUUGCCCAAGUUAUUGCCUCUUACACAGCAACAGGCCCAGAGCAGCUGACUCUGGCUCCUGGCCAGUUGAUUCUCAUCAGGAAGAAGAAUCCAGGUGGUUGGUGGGAAGGAGAGCUCCAAGCCCGGGGCAAGAAGCGCCAGAUCGGCUGGUUCCCUGCCAACUACGUCAAACUGCUCAGCCCUGGCACCAGCAAGGGCACCCCCACCGAGCUGCCCCGGCCUGCAGCAGCCUCAGUGUGCCAGGUGAUCGGCAUGUACGACUACAGCGCCCAGAACGACGACGAGCUGGCGUUCAGCAAGGGCCAGAUCAUCACGGUGCUCAACAGGGAGGAUCCCGACUGGUGGAAGGGGGAGGUCAAUGGCCACGUGGGGCUCUUCCCGUCCAACUACGUGAAGCUGACCACGGACACGGACCCCAGCCAGCAGUGCUUGAAAGUCCUCAAAGAGACCCACUAUCCCAUAGCAGUGCCCAAGAGGGAUGAUGGGAGAUGCAGCCUUGAUCAUAUCUUCCAGAAACCCCUGAUGGAGUCUGAGCUGGUCACAGAAAAAGAAGUUGCCAUGAUUUUUGUUAAUUGGAAGGAGCUGAUUAUGUGCAAUAUAAAACUACUGAAGGCCCUGCGUGUGAGGAAGAAGAUGUCAGGGGAGAAGAUGCCAGUGAAGAUGAUUGGGGACAUCCUGACAGCCCAGCUGCCCCACAUGCAGCCCUACAUCAGGUUCUGCAGCUGCCAGCUCAACGGGGCUGCCCUCAUCCAGCAGAAAACUGAUGAAGUGCCCGACUUCAAGGAGUUUGUCAAGAGGUUGGCAAUGGAUCCUCGCUGUAAAGGAAUGCCACUGUCAAGUUUUCUACUGAAGCCUAUGCAACGGGUAACCAGAUACCCACUAAUAAUUAAAAAUAUCAUAGAGAACACCCCUGAGAACCACCCUGACCACAGCCACCUGAAGCAGGCCCUGGAGAAGGCAGAGGAGCUGUGCUCACAGGUCAACGAGGGCGUGAGGGAGAAGGAGAACUCGGACAGGCUGGAGUGGAUCCAGGCCCACGUGCAGUGCGAGGGCCUGAGCGAGCAACUCGUUUUUAAUUCAGUUACAAACUGCUUGGGACCACGCAAGUUCCUGCACAGUGGGAAGCUCUAUAAAGCCAAGAGUAACAAGGAGCUCUAUGGUUUUCUCUUCAACGACUUCCUCCUCCUCACUCAGAUCAUAAAACCUCUUGGCUCUUCGGGCACAGACAAGGUGUUCAGCCCCAAGUCCAACCUGCAAUACAAAAUGUACAAAACUCCCAUUUUCCUAAACGAGGUACUGGUGAAAUUACCCACAGACCCUUCUGGAGACGAGCCCAUCUUCCACAUCUCCCACAUUGACAGAGUGUACACACUCCGUGCUGAAAGCAUUAAUGAAAGGACUGCCUGGGUUCAGAAGAUCAAAGCUGCUUCAGAACUUUACAUAGAGACUGAAAAGAAGAAGAGGGAAAAGGCCUACCUAGUUCGCUCUCAGAGGGCAACAGGCAUUGGGAGGCUGAUGGUGAACGUGGUGGAAGGCAUUGAACUGAAACCCUGCAGGUCCCAUGGAAAGAGCAACCCCUACUGCGAGGUGACCAUGGGCUCUCAGUGCCACAUCACCAAGACCAUCCAGGACACCCUGAAUCCCAAGUGGAAUUCCAACUGCCAGUUCUUCAUCAAGGACCUGGAGCAGGACGUGCUGUGCAUCACGGUGUUCGAGCGGGACCAGUUCUCCCCGGAUGACUUUUUGGGCAGGACAGAGAUCCGUGUGGCAGACAUCAAGAAGGACCAGGGUUCCAAGGGACCAGUUACAAAGUGUCUCCUCCUGCACGAAGUCCCCACGGGAGAGAUCGUGGUGCGCCUGGACCUGCAGCUGUUCGAUGAGCCUUAGGACACAGGGGCUGCUGUGGGAAUUGAGCCCGAGCUGCCUGCAGGAGGCUCUGCAGGAGCCGUCACCGAGCCCUUGCUGGUGUGGCACGAAGCUACUGCUCGCCCUUCACACGUCAGAGGGUUAUCAAAGCAAACAGGAGCAUCUUUGUGCCUUGAUAAUUCUCACUGAACACACGAAUCCCAAUUUAGUGAGGAGAUCUCUCUCAAUCUCUCUGUGUGGAACUUGGUGUUGGUUUCCUGGGCUGGUGAAACAACCCUGUUGUUCCUUGUGCUGCAGUUGGGAUGGCUGGCAAACCACAUGGGUGGCUGUGCUUGCUCCAGCUUCUCUCCCAUCCCCGCGGAGGAGGCAGUGUGGGUGUGUUUUGGAGGCUUUCUGAGGGUUUUCCCCCUUCAGGAGUUCUGUGCCUAUUGCUCAGCAGAGUGGUGUGCAAAUGUGAGUGAAUGGAAGGAGCAGUUUCACAGCAAGAAGAUCUCAGAAGAUCUUCAUGAUGGUACUGCAAAGACUUAGAAAAUAAAUAGUCUAUAUCUAUAAACAGAGAAGAUUCUAUUAACAUACCACUUCAUGACUCGUGUUGCCCCUGACAAUAAAAAGAUGUCCAGGCCUUGUGCACAGAGAUGAAUUGCACUCAGAAGAGUCCAGCCCUGGGUCCCUUUGGAAGUCGCUGUUGUGCCCAGCACUGCAGGAGCUGGGGCAGGAGGCCAAGGGCGAGGCACAGAGCCCUGCUGGCU